AGGAUUCAUCCAAAACGCCCCUUCUCUCUCUAGAAUUUUCUAAUUUUAUUUCCAUUUCUCUCUCCCUCUUUUGUGAAAUCUCCGGUUUCCAAAUAUACCCCCCGUGAUCUCAAAACUCCGGCGAUUAAAAAUUCUUGUUUCGAUCUCGAGAUCUUAUUAUCAUUGCCGGUUUCUUUCUGGAAAAACGGGGAUUAAAGACGAAGAGGAGGGAUAGAAUCGGAAAAAGAAAGGAAAUCGCAUGAGCUGGUUGGGAAAUCUGGGUUUUACUUGCUUCUCUUCGUUGAAUUCUUCCAACCAUUUUAUAACGUGUCUUUUAAUUUUUAUUCUUCAUUACUCCCCUCAAUUACCUCCUUCGUUAUUUAAAUUCGAAAAAAAAUCAACUGAGCCUUUAUUAUUAUUGCUUAAUUCUAAUUCCAAACAUAGUCCUCCCUUACAUCUUAAAUCUAAAUCCUAAUCCCGAUCUUAAUCCAUGGAGUCGUCGGACAAGAGUAAUCACCAAUUGCGUGGAGGUAUUUGCUAUCCAAAUGGGGCGAGGAGGCCAGUAAGAACACCUUCAGUAAUCGUGAUUGGGGCUGGAAUGGCUGGAAUUGCAGCUGCACGUGCUCUCCAUGAAGCCUCAUUUCAGGUUACGGUGUUAGAAUCCAGGGACAGAAUUGGAGGUCGAGUUCAUACUGAUUACUCAUUUGGUUUUCCUGUUGACCUUGGUGCUUCAUGGUUGCAUGGGGUUUCGAAAGAAAAUCCCUUGGCACCCUUGAUCAGUAGACUUGGACUACCACUUUAUCGGACUAGUGGUGAUAACUCUGUGCUGUAUGACCAUGACUUGGAGAGUUAUGCACUUUUUGAUAUGGAUGGUCAUCAAGUUCCACAGGAGUUGGUCACUAAGGUUGGAGAAACAUUUGAGUGCAUUUUGGAAGAGACGAAUAAAGUGAGACAAGAGCACAGUGAGGACAUGUCCAUAAGUAGUGCUUUCUCAAUUGUUUUUGAAAGAAGACCAGAAUUAAGGUUGGAAGGGCUUGCACAUAAGGUACUUCAGUGGUAUGUAUGCAGAAUGGAAGGUUGGUUUGCUUCGGAUGCUGAUACCAUCUCACUUAAAAGCUGGGACCAGGCAGAGCUAUUACCUGGUGGUCACGGACUCAUGGUCAGGGGCUAUCUUCCUGUCAUAAACACUCUGGCCAAAGGUAUUGACAUCCGCUUGAGCCACAGGGUUACAAACAUAGUGAGGCGUUACACUGGAGUGAAGGUUACUGUGGAAGAUGGUACUACAUUUGCGGCGGAUGCUGUUAUCGUUGCUGUUCCUCUAGGCGUACUAAAAGCCAAGAAUAUCAAGUUCGAACCAAGGCUUCCUGAAUGGAAGGAAGCAGCAAUUGAUGAACUUGGAGUGGGAAUUGAGAAUAAAAUUAUAUUGCACUUUGACAAGGUGUUUUGGCCUAAUGUGGAGUUUUUGGGAGUUGUUGCUGACACAUCUUAUCAUUGCAGCUACUUUCUAAACCUUCAUAAGGCGACGGGUCAUUCUGUCCUCGUUUAUAUGCCUGCUGGGCAGCUGGCCAGAGACAUUGAGAAAAUGUCUGAUGAAGCUGCUGUGGAGUUUGCUUUUAUGCAACUCAAGAAGAUCCUUCCAGAGGCAUGUGCCCCGAUUCAGUAUCUUGUUUCUCGAUGGGGCACAGAUGUGAACACACUAGGCUCCUAUAGCUAUGAUGCAGUAGGCAUGUCCCAUGAUCUGUAUGAGAGGCUAAGAGUGCCAGUGGAUAACAUAUUCUUUGCGGGGGAGGCAACCAGUAUGAGCUAUCCAGGGUCCAUUCAUGGUGCAUUUUCAACUGGGCAGAUGGCUGCUGAGGACUGUAGGAUGCGUGUACUGGAGCGAUAUGGAGAGUUGAACUUGCUCCAACCAGUUAUGGGUGAGGAAGCAGGGUUGUGUGUCCCGCUUUUAAUAACGCGUUUGUAAACAACCUACCUGUCUAGGCAUGCACCCGGUUCCAAAGUAUGUAUUUGUAGAUAUGUUGGGGUGUGAUUUGAGUGACACAUGGAUCCCAAUUUCAAGCGCUACUUGCAUUGGUUUGAUGUGUUGUAGAUGGUCACUUUUAAGCAUGGUUAUACUGAAUUGAGAUCCGGACAAGAAUAACUUGUAUGGUGAUCUUAAUGUGUUUUGGGGUGGUGAAGUAUUUAAUUAAGAAUAGUAUGGUUGAGAUGGUGCAGGCAUGGGGGCAUGCCUAUGUUAAAGUGAAGUAUGUUUUGGAUAUGAAAGGUGCAAGUUGCGUCAUCCACUACAUGAGUGGGAAGGACACUGAUAAAAUGGUGAUAUAAUUUUAUUAGGAAAAUAAACAGUCGCUUUUUUUUGUUCUAA